AUGGAUCAAGGAAUAUAUGAAGUUAAGGUGGAUCAGCCAACGGGACGCGCUUUUAUCCAAGUUUCACAAGAAAUUCGAGAUAAUUCUAUUCUAUUGUUGUUCUUCCAGGAACAAUCACAUGAUAAGUUUGAACGAAAUAUUUUAAACCGGGAAUUUGGAAUAGAAGAUUGA